ACAGAAGUUUCUCACCUUGGAAAGCCAGAGACGCUCCCGCAUCUCCAGCACAGCUGCACCUCAGCGCAGGGGAAGGGGCCCAAGAGAAAGGACGAGGGACAACUUGGUGCUGGGGAGCUGACCUCAGCCCUGCGAACCUCUGGAGAGGUCGGGCCAAAGAGGAGCAACCGGGGCUAGGGACUCCAUGCGGGGCCAUGGACAGAGCGGCGCUCCUGGCCCUGCCCCGCCUGUGCGCACUGUGGGCGGCCCUGCUCGCGCUCUUCCCCUGCGGAGCUCAAGGCAACUGGAUGUGGUUGGGCAUCGCCUCCUUUGGGGUUCCGGAGAAGCUGGGUUGCGCCAAUUUGCCACUAAACAGUCGCCAGAAGGAACUGUGCAAGAGGAAGCCCUAUCUGCUGCCCAGCAUCCGCGAGGGCGCCCGGCUGGGCAUCCAGGAAUGCAGGAGUCAGUUCAAGCACGAGCGCUGGAACUGCGAGGUCGCCGCCGGCCCCGUGCUCGGCACCGGUCCCCUCUUUGGCUACGAGCUGAGCAGUGGCACCAAGGAGACAGCAUUUAUUUAUGCUGUGAUGGCUGCAGGGCUGGUGCACUCUGUGACCAGGUCGUGCAGUGCAGGCAACAUGACAGAAUGUUCCUGUGACACCACCUUGCAGAAUGGUGGCUCUGCAAGUGAAGGCUGGCACUGGGGGGGCUGCUCUGAUGAUGUCCAGUAUGGCAUGUGGUUCAGCAGAAAGUUCCUGGAUUUGCCUAUCAGAAACACCACAGAAGAAGACCGGAAAGUACUGUUAGCAAUGAAUCUGCAUAAUAAUGAAGCUGGAAGGCAGGCUGUCGCCACAUUGAUGUCAGUAGACUGCCGCUGCCACGGAGUUUCUGGCUCCUGUGCUGUGAAAACAUGCUGGAAAACCAUGUCUUCUUUUGAAAAAAUUGGCCACUUGUUAAAAGAUAAAUAUGAAAAUAGUAUCCAGAUAUCAGACAAAAUAAAGAGAAAGAUGCGAAGGAAAGAAAAGAAUCAGAGGAAAAUACCAAUCCACAAAGAUGACCUGCUCUAUGUUAACAAGUCUCCCAACUACUGUGUGGAAGAUAAAAAACUGGGAAUCCCAGGAACACAAGGCAGGGAAUGCAACCGCACAUCAGAAGGUGCAGAUGGCUGCAACCUCCUCUGCUGUGGCCGAGGCUACAACACCCAUGUGGUCAGGCACGUGGAGAGGUGUGAGUGUAAGUUUAUCUGGUGCUGCUAUGUCCGCUGCAGGAGGUGUGAAAGCAUGACAGAUGUCCACACUUGUAAGUAACCAGUCCAUCUAGCCUGGAACAAUACUGCUCAGCAACACAAUGGGAUUACAAGCCAAAGGAUGCCUCUUACUCUGCAGGGCCGGGGAAACUGACUUCUGUAUUGCAAUUUCCAGACCUUUGGUCUAUUUGGAAUUUGCUUUGCCUGAGUGACAUCCAGUCACACAUCAAUCCUGCAAACUUCUUGAGAUUUUAAAGUUGAAGAAGUUUCUACUCAUCUUUGGAUGAUUUGGAGGAUAUAGGUUGACAUCUAAGGAAGAUAAACCCAUUUGCUAAGGAAGAGUUUAUCCAUACUCAAGAUAAGAUCUAUGGAUCUUAUCAACUAUGGAUCUCAGUUAUGGAAAUCGAUAAUGGUGGGUGAACAUUACUCAUUUUUAGACCUCUUAAAGGAGCAAAGAACAUAAAUAUGAAUCUCAUUCUUGGUAUUGUAAUUGAAAAAAUUACACAAAGUGUUUGCACAUGGGCAGAUGUUGAAGCAUUAAUCUAAGUGGUAGGUGUCUGCCCUUUUACAUACACCAAAUGAACAAUUAAAAAGAAUCUUUAUGUAUGAUACAAUGUGGAGACAGAGCUCAGUGGCAUAAGUCCCUGUCUGGCAAGCACAAGGUUGAGUUUGAUCCCUGGUACCAAAAACAAAUAAAUAAAACAAAGCAAAAACUGAUACAGUGUCCCUAAAAAGGAAUAAUUAGAGCUGGGUGGUGACAAAAACAAUUUAAAUGUAGAAACUAAAAUGAUUUGGAUUUUAAGUGCCUUCUAACUAGUAGAACUUGUCUAGAAAAACCUCUAUAAGGUAUAUAGCAAUUUUUGGAUACAUAUUUUUAUUUUAGACCAGUGUUCACUGUUAAAAAACAUCAGCUCUAAGGUAUGGUGGGAGAGAGACCCUGAAAACAUGUGGGAAAAGUAAGGUAAAAAUAUACAGAGCUCUCUUACAUUCUAAAGAAAACAUCCUUUAAAUGUACAAAGACAGUAUUUUGUAUAAUAUUUUGCUAAAAAGAUUUAUAUUUUGUAAAUACAGUAUUUAAGUUAUAUGUCAUAUAUUAAAGCUUCAGACCUUUAUUGCCAAAGCAAUAAGAUUAGCCUUUUUUCGUGACUAACUCUAACUUCUUUAACAUUGAAAAAGAAGGUAGGUAAUUGAGCAAUUAGCUAUAUGGAUGUGUAUUUCUUAGCAAAUGACAGUUUUAUAUGUUAUAGAUUACAACAUGCUGCAAAAUAUUGAGAAGUAUGUUAUUUCAGUAGCCAGAUUAAUUGAAUACUUUUUCCACUUUAGUUUUCUUAACUCAUAACAUUAUAAUAAUAAGUUAUAUAUUAAAAGUCCUAACUGGGAAGAGAAUUUAAAUCAGAUUGAUGAUCAAUUUAUGGAUUUGAUAUUGUGGAUAUUUAUUAUUAUAUAGUAUGUAAUGCUGCAUUUCCAUUUGAAUGUAGAAGUGGUCUUAUUUGCUUUAAUAUUCAUGCAUGUAUAUUCACCAUAUUUUGCACAGUCCUAGUGAAAAUUAUAGGGCUGUAUUUAAGGCUGUAUUGUAAUGUAAAUGUCUGUGUUUUAUGCAUUGUUAAAUAUUUCAGUAUUAUAUAGAAAAAUUGACUUUUAUGUUCAACAUGCACAAAGAAAGGAUAUUCUUUUCUAAAUAAGAUAAAUAUUUCCCUGCUCCAAA